AACCACGACCACGACCACGACCACCACAAUCAUCGCGCACGAUGGACUGCUCAUUCGCUCUCACAGGCAAAGACUAUGUCAUCAUUGCCGCAGACACCACCGCCGCGCGCUCCAUCGUUAAGAUGAAAGUAGACGAGGACAAGAUCAAGACGCUCAGCCCACACCUCCUCAUGGCCUACUCUGGUGAACCAGGCGACACUGUGCAGUUUGCCGAAUACGUCGAGCGCAAUCUUCGAUUGUACCACAUCCGCAACCUCUAUCCCCUCCGUCCCCAGUCCGCCGCCGCGUGGAUCCGGCGCGCGCUAGCUGAUUCUCUCCGUUCGCGUCACCCUUAUAACGUCAACAUUUUACUGGGGGGAUACGACACCGCAGAUGACAAGCCCCAGCUGUACUGGAUGGAUUACCUGGGCACGCUUGCGUCCGUUCCAUUCGCAGCUCACGGGUAUGGCAGCUAUUUCACACUUGGUUUGUUUGACAAAUAUCACAACCCCAACGCAUCCCUUGAGGAGGGCCUUGAGACGCUCAAGCGGGCAAUUGACGAGACAUCGCGGAGACUCGUCGUCGCUCCAGGGAAAUAUAAGGUGAAGAUAGUCGACAAAAACGGGGUUCGCGAGAUCGAGUUGUAG